AUGGCCAUGGACGAAUCCACACCAAUCUCCAAUGGUCGAUCGCAUUCAUACCAUGCUGUCAGCCAAGACACAUCUCCAGACGACCCUACAGACGAAUGGCGAGUAGAAAUCGACGUCAAAGGACAAAUCGACACGGGCAAUGUGGACGAACGAGGGUUCUCGUGGACCAAACUUAUGCAAUACACAGGCCCAGGAUGGUUGAUGUCCGUUGCUUAUCUGGAUCCAGGAAACCUUGAGAGCGACCUGCAGUCGGGUGCACUUGCAGGGUACAAGUUGUUAUGGCUACUUUUUUGGGUACAUGCUGCAGGUCUGAUGAUUCAGAUUCUCUCGGCCAGAUUGGGUGUCGUCACGAAUCGACAUCUUGCACAGCUGAUUAAUCAGACAUACUCUCGACCCUUAUCAUUAGCCAUUUGGGCAUUUUCACAACUUGCCGUGAUCGGAUCAGACAUUCAAGAAAUCAUUGGAACAGCGAUUGCACUAAAGAUUAUCUUUGGUUUCUCACUUUGGAUCGGCGUCAUGAUUACAGCCACAGAUACCUUCAUUUUCAUGUUUCUCCAACAAUAUGGCGUACGCAAAAUUGAAGCAUUCCUUAUUACAUUGAUUGUCGUCAUGAUUGGAUGCUUUUGGGUGGAGAUGUUCUUAUCAAAACCUCAAUUCGGCGACCUCAUCGAAGGCAUCAUUGUUCCCGAGAUUCCAAAGCAAGCCGUGGUCCAAGCUGUGGGUACAAUCGGUGCAGUCAUUAUGCCACACAAUUUAUACUUGCAUAGUGCCUUGGUGAUGUCGAGAAAUUUGGGUGCCAAUCCAUCCGUGCGUAAGCUUAAGGAGGCCAAUUUCUACUUUGGAAUCGAAUCAGCCAUUGCAUUGUUCACCUCAUUUUUGAUCAACAUGGCGAUCGUGGUGGUCUUUGCUCAAGUGUUUUAUCAACCCGGUCAAAUUGUCCAAUCACUUCCUGGGUUAUAUGAUGCAUCCAAUGUCCUCAACAAGACGCUUGGCCAUUACGCAAAGUAUUUAUGGGCAGCAGGUCUGCUUGCAGCUGGUCAAAGUUCGACCAUGACUGGUACCUUGGCGGGUCAAUAUGUCGUCGAAGGGUUCUUUGGAGCCAUCUUUAAAAAGGAAUGGCAUCGAGUGGCUCUCACAAGAAUGAUUUCACUGGUACCAAGCAUGUCAGUGGCCGUACUUGCUGUUGAACGUUUUGAUACGAUGGGCGAGAUUCUCAAUGUACUUCAAAGUCUUUGCUUGCCGAUUGUCCUUGUUCCCAUUCUCAAGCUUACAUCAUCCACGUCUAUCAUGACCGGUCAAUUCAGAAGCAGCAGAGCUGGACGCAUUUUGGCAUGGCUUAUAUCAUGGGUGGUCAUUGGUUUCAAUGUCUAUCUCUUUGGAAUGUUCUUGGAUGAUUUCAAUUGGUCAUGGUGGAUGGUCACCUUAACCGGUAUCUACAUGAUGUUCGUUAGCUAUCUCAUUUACACUCCUUUAGAUCUUUCCAAAUGA